AUGUCUCUCGGUCGAAUAAUCAAGGUAUCACUAUUGGUACUUUCCAUCGCAUGUAUCACCCCAAAUAAACCAUUACAGACGCUGUUUGCAUUUGCUUGCAUUGGAUAUGUAAUAACAGCAUCUUUGAUACCUAAGCUCAUGAGUAGCUUCAUUAGAAUAGGGCUAAAGGGCAAGGAUCUUUCCAAACCCCCUCCAGUGGAGGAAAUUGCUGAGUCUAUGGGGGUUGUAUGUGCCGUGACGUACUUGUUCCUCAUGUUCUGGUUGAUUCCAUUUAUUUUCUUCAAAUACUUGGUGAGUUUCACGUCAAUGUCAGACGAUGCAGAUAUGUCCAAUAAUUACAAGGACCAGUAUCUGGCGCUUUCGAAUAAUCAUUUGUUUCCACAUAACAAAUUGGCCGAGUACUUGAGUGCCGUAUUGUGUUUACAAAGUACGACCCUCUUGGGGUUGUUUGAUGACUUGUUUGAUAUUAGAUGGCGCCACAAGUUUUUUCUUCCCGCUGUUGCAUCUAUGCCAUUAUUGAUCGUCUAUUAUGUUGAUUUUAGUGUCACGUCUAUCGUUGUUCCAAGCUUUGUCACUAACAGAUUACCUGGGGGUGAGUUUUUGCUUGAAUCGUUGAAUGCUUUAAUACAGACAGGCAAUAAUAUUGUUACAUAUGUUACUGGGUUAUCUUUCCGUACGUUAGACACCGAUUAUGUAUUGCCUACUGGAUCUCCAAAAUUGCUUGAUUUAGGAGUUUUCUACUACGUCUACAUGUCGGCGAUUUCGAUCUUUUCACCAAACUCAAUCAAUAUACUUGCUGGUAUCAAUGGCCUUGAAGUGGGACAGUCCAUAGUUCUUGCAUUUAUUUUUCUUAUUAAUGAUUUCUGCUACCUUUUUUCAACUGACAUAUCAGCAGCUGCUUACGACUCCCAUCUAUUUUCGGCCAUAUUUUUAAUUCCUUUUGUUGGCACGUCGUUAGCUUUGUUUCAGUACAACUGGUUUCCAGCAAGGGUAUUCGUAGGGGACACCUAUUGUUAUUUCAGUGGUAUGGUUUUUGCAAUCGUCGGUAUAUUGGGCCAUUUUUCAAAGACUUUGUUGAUAUUCUUAUUACCGCAAAUCAUAAACUUCGUAUACUCUGCUCCCCAAAUAUUGGGCAUUGUUCCAUGUCCACGUCACAGGAUGCCUCGAUUCAACAUCGAUGACGGUCUUAUGUAUCCAAGCUUCGGGGAGGUGAAAACUGUCUCAAAGCUCCAAAAAUAUUUUUUGGCGGUGCUAGAAACCUUCAAGCUCAUCAAGGUGGAGCGUACCACUAAGGCCACAAAGUUUUCCAACAUGACAAUCAUCAACUUAUGUCUUGUCUGGUUUGGUCCUUUAAGAGAGGAUAAAUUAUGCAUUUUGCUCAUGACACUUCAAUUUUUAAUUGGAAUCAUCAUGAUUUUCGUCAGACACACCUUGGGCCCUUGGUUAUUGGGCUUUGAUAACUUAACCUGGGGCGUUAAAUAG